AUGGAUAUGAACCAUUUAAUAGGUCAGCGGUUCAACCUGAUCUCUAAGAGUGAUAUUCGUUAUGUUGGUACUUUACAUGAGAUCAACCCUGAGGCCUCGACAAUAGCUCUCGAGAAUGUUGUUUCCUUCGGAACGGAAGGCAGACGAGGCAACCCGGCCGAGGAGAUCCCUCCAUCUGCCAGUGUCUACGAAUACAUUGUCUUCCGGGGUAGUGAUGUCAAGGACAUCAGCGUAGCUGAGGAAAAGGAAAACACACAACCUGAGCCGGCUCAGGUCCCGGAUGAUCCCGCCAUUCUAGGAAGUAUGUCCCGGACGGGUCCGCAGGGUCUUCCUCCUCAAUCCCAGCCGCCACAACAGCCUCAGGUCCCUCGUCAAGCUCCUCCUGGCUAUCCCCAACAGCCUCAGUUCCAAGGAUUCUACCCUCCUUACGGACAACGCUUUGGGCCUCCUUUCCCACCUGGACCUGGUUUCCCGCCGUAUGGGAUGCCGCCAGCGUGGUAUCCUCCUCCGGGUCAGGGCUUCCCCCAAGCACCCGGAGCCUUCCCUCAGAUUCCCAUUGGACCCCCAGGCCAACACCAGACCCCACCUCAACAGCAUCGUCCUGGGAUGCCGGGUGCGGGUCCCGUAAACCCUCUCAAGCCAACCUCUGAGCUUCCGGUCGGUGAAACACCCGCCAGUAAGCCGACUAGCCAGGCUCCUACACCUGCGCCUGGUGCUGCCGCCACGGCUCAAAAGCCGCCAACUCCGCCUGUUGAAACUAAGCCCAAUGUAACUGAAGCUGUACAAGCUGCGCCCGGAGCUGCCGCGGCAACUCCGUCCAAGGUGCCGCCCACUGGACCCAGGAGCAGUCGCGUGGAGCCGGCGAUUCCAUUCUCCCAAACCUCUAGGCCUGCGGUUCCCGCUGUAGCUCAACCUCCACUGGCUAGCGCUCCAGGGAACAAUAUGCCGCAGGGCGCUGCUCAAGCCGCCGUUACUGAAGCUACUCGUGCGGCCACUGCUGCAGUCGCUGCUGCCAUGGCUAAACUGCCGCAGCCUAAUGUUCCUAAGAAACCUGAUGCUUCUGUUGAACAUGUGACCAAGCAGAUGAAUGACUUGAAGACCCAUGAUGGCAACCGUCCCCAGCGUGGCGGUUAUCCACACCGUGGUGGACGUGGCGGUCGUGGUCAGUACCAAGGCCAACAAAACAAGAAGGUCGAGGUUCCGCAGACCGAUUAUGAUUUUGAAACCGCGAAUGCGAAGUUCAACAAACAGGACCUGGUCAAGGAAGCCAUCGCCACUGGUAGUCCUGCGGCCGAGGCGGAAAAUGUUCCCCAGGAGGGUGCUGCUCAACCCGAGGCCGUGGACACUAGCAGCACGCCGGCCUCUGCGCCUGUCAAUAGUUACAACAGGACCAGCUCAUUCUUUGACAACAUCUCCAGCGAGGCCCGUGACCGUGAGGAAGGAACCGGGGCUCGCGCUGUUGGUCGCGAAUGGCGUGGCGAAGAAGAGAAGCGGAACAUUGAGACUUUCGGUCAAGGCAGUGUCGAUGGCUACCGGGGCAGCUACAGAGGCCGUGGUCGUGGUAGAGGCUAUGGCCGUGGCCGCGGUGGUUAUGGCCGUGGAUUCUCCCGAGGUCGGGGUGCUUUCCGCGGCGGGCGUGGUGCCUCUCAGUCCACUGGGGUGCCGACGCUCACCUAA